CAGCCCUCGCCGGGGAUAUAUAAAUGCGAGACAGUAACUUCUCACCUGUUCUCACACACACACACACACACACACACAUAGUGUAUCCGGGUGAUAUCAUGGCGGAUGAUCCGCUGGUUGGGGCAGUGGACCAGGGGACCAGCUCCACAAGGUUUCUGGUGUUCAAUGCUAAAACUGCUGAGCUUGUCAGUCAGCAUCAGGUGGAAAUUACACAGAGUUUCCCCAAAGAAGGAUGGGUGGAAGAAGAUCCCAAGGAGAUCCUACAGUCUGUGUAUGAGUGUAUGGAGAGGACCAGUGAGAAACUCGCUCAGCUCAAUAUUGACAUCACCACCAUUAAAGCCAUUGGAGUGACCAAUCAGAGAGAGACGACAUUGGUGUGGGACAAAGAGACUGGAGAACCUCUCUACAACGCCAUUGUGUGGCUGGACUUGAGGACUCAGUCCACUGUUGAACAUCUCAUUGAGAAAACACCUGGAAAGAACAAAAACCACUUAAAGCAUAAGACAGGUUUGCCCAUCAGUACCUACUUCAGUGCGGUGAAGUUGCGCUGGUUGAUGGACAAUGUGGUGGAGGUGGAUGAGGCUGUGCGCUCUCACCGUGCCAUGUUUGGAACCGUUGACUCCUGGCUUAUAUGGAGUUUAACUGGAGGGAAAAAUGGUGGUGUUCACUGCACAGACGUCACCAACGCCAGCCGCACAAUGCUGUUCAACAUACACACCAUGGAGUGGGACCUGGAUCUGUGCAGGUACUUUGAUGUUCCUGCUGAAAUCCUUCCGGAGGUUAGAAGCUCUUCAGAAAUAUAUGGUUACACGAGCUCAGGUUCACUGGUGGGUGUGCCCAUCUCUGGAUGUCUGGGCGAUCAGUCGGCUGCUCUUGUGGGACAGAUGUGCUUCAAAGAUGGUCAGGCCAAAAACACAUAUGGAACCGGUUGCUUCAUGUUGAAAAAUACUGGCAUCAAGCCUGUGAUGUCAGAACACGGCCUCCUCACAACAAUUGCCUACAAACUGGGAAAGGACAGACCUGCUCACUAUGCACUCGAGGGAUCCGUUGCAAUUGCUGGAGCAGUAGUGAGGUGGCUAAAGGACAAUCUGGGAAUCCUCAAAUCCUCUUCUGAAAUUGAAAAGUUGGCUGCUGCAGCUGGGACAUCUUAUGGCUGUUAUUUUGUUCCAGCAUUUUCUGGGCUUUAUGCUCCCUACUGGGAACCCAGUGCUCGAGGGAUUAUCUGUGGCCUGACACAGUUCACAAAUAGGAGUCACUUGGCUUUUGCAGCACUGGAAGCAGUGUGCUUUCAAACGCGAGAGUUAUCCAAUCAACCAAUCCUGCAGCAGCAUAAAAUCAUGCAGAAGCAGUUCAGGACCUUCAGUUAAUGCUCACAUCACGUGUCAAGUUGGGGGAAACUGUGAUCUCCGUGACUUUAAAUGGCUGUCAGACGGGCUGGUCUGAGUAUUUCUACAACUGCUGAUCUCCUGGGAUUUCCAUACACAAAUCUGCAGGCAGAAUACCGUUUUGAUGAGAGAAGUCAGAGGAGCUGAUAAGAAGUCUACAGUAACUCAAAUAACCACUCUUUACAACCCUGUUGAGCAGAAAAGCAUCUCAGAAUGGACAACCUUGAGGCAGACAGCACAGCACAAUAAUGCACCAUGUCACAAAGUCAUCUCAAACUGGUUCAAUGAACUCGACAAUGAGCCCAGUGGACUUCAGUGGCCCAGUCACCGGAUCUGAAUCCAACAGAACACAUGUGUGAUGUAGCAGAACAGGAGAUUCACAGCAUGAACACACAGCUGAAAAAUCUGUAGGACCUGUGUGAUGCAAUCAUGUCAACAUGGACCAGAAUCUCAAUAUAUUUCCAACAUCUUAUGGAAUAUAUGCCAUGAAGAAUUAAGGCUGUUCUGAGAGCAAAGGGAGGCCCUACCCAGUAUUAGUGUAGUGUUCCUAAUAAAGUGCUCAGUGAGUGUAUAUUAAUGUAAUAUCCCCUAUUAGCAUAUGUUAAUACACACUGUCAGGUAUUUCUGAACACUUUAUAUUUUAAAACAUUUGUUUAAAUGACUUCAUUUUUAAUACACUAAAAUUUGAAAAUUCACCUAGGGAGUAGGUAUAAUUAAGUCUAGAAAUAUUUAGUUUAAAGUUUUGCUUAAAUUUUAUUUAAUCUGUACACACUGAUCAGCCAUAACAUUAAAACCACUGACAGGUGAAGUGAAUAACAUUGGGGUGGGAUAUAUUAGGCAGCAGGUGAACAGUCGUUUUUUGAAGAUGAUGUGUUGAAGCAGGAAAAAUAGGCAAGCGUAAGGAUCUGAGUGACUUUGAGGGCCAAAUUGUGAUGGGUCAGAGCAUCUCCAGGUCUUGACAUAAGAGAAAAGCGUGCAUGUUUUAUGUUUGCCCUACGUUUGUGUUUUACGUUCUGUUUGAGUUCUGUUCAUGAUUAAACUUUACAUUUGUGUUCAGUUGGUUCCCGGCUCCUCUUUGCCUAUCUGUGAAGUUUGUUACAGAGUCAGAACACAGUGCAUCGCAGCUUGCUGUGUAUGGGGCUGCAUAGACUGGUCAGAGAGCCCAUGCUGACCCGUGUUCACUGCCGAAAGCUCCUACAAUGGGCACGUGAGCAUCAGAACUGGACCAUGGAGCAGUGGAAGAAGGUGGCCUGGUCUGAUGAAUAACAUUUUCUUUCACAUCAUGUGGACGGCCAGGUGUGUGUGUGUCACUUACCUGGGAAAGAGAUGCACUAACAGAAGAAGGCAAUCUGACAAAGGCAGUGUGAUGCUCUGAGCAAUGUUCUGCUGGGAAACCUCGGGUCCUGGCAUUCAUGUGGAUGUUACUUUGUUACACCUACCUAAACAUUGUUCCACACCCCUUCAUGGCAACAGUAUUCCCUAAUGGCAGUGGCCUCUUUCAGCAGGAUAAUGCUCCCUGCCACACUACAAAAAUUGCUCAGGACCAGUUUGAGCAACAUGUUAUCUUUAUCAUGUUCAAGGUGUUGACUUGACCUCCAAAUUCCCCAGAUAUCAAUCCAAUCGAGCAUCUGUGGGACGUGCUGGACAAACAAGUCUGAUCCACGAAAGCCCCCACCUCACAACUUACAGGACUUAAAGGAUCUGCUGCUAACGUCUUGGUGCCAGAUACCACACACACCUUCAGAGGUCUUGUUGAGUCCAUGUCCGACAGGUCAGAGCUGUUUUGGUGGCACAAGGGAGACCUACACAAUAUUAG